AAGAUGGUACCCCGCUGGAGGUAACCAUCCACAUGCUAUCCAAUCACAUGUUACAACAUUUUAUCUAAUGUCCCACUGGACAAAUUGUAAAAAUUAAAACAAACAAUAAAAAAAAAAUAUUACUAUCCUCUAAUAACAUCAAAUACGUUAUUGUUUGUAAUUAAAUACAUACUAUUCUUUGUAAUCGCUACAAACAAUAAUUCUUCUACUUCUCAUGUGAUAUUGAAUAAUAAUAAAAUAUUUAAUUCCACUUACUUAACGCUAUUAAUUCUUUUAGUCUAAACAAAACGUCGUGUGAUGAAUUUUCUCAGCAAGCAUUCUCAGCUUAACUAUUACGCGUUCUAUAAAAUUGUUUUUACAUGUAAUAAUGAUUUCACUAUACGUUUGGUGGUUUUUUGUAAUUCUUUUGUAAAAGCAUAAUUGAAAAUAUUGUAUAGAUGCAUGUGAGUAGAUACGCAUUACACGUAAUGAAGGUUCCAACGCUUGAGAAACAGCACUAUGCUUUUAGCUUUUAUUAUUGAUUAUUCCUUUUGAGGGGAUGCAAUGAAAAAUUGAUUAUCUAUGAAUGAAAGACUUUACUGCUGUGUAUAUUUCUUGACACAUAGAUCACAGUCAUUAACUUUUCCCUUGUAAUUAAAUCAUUAACUUCUAUUUAACUUCUUUCUAAACGUUCAAUGAAGACGUAUAUAUGAUAUAGAGCUGUUUAUAACUUUCUACGUAUUAUUGUAGAAGCAUAUUAUGGUAUCAUUACCAACUUCAGCGGCAAAAGUUAUGGAAAAGUUGAACUUAACAAUAACCAUUUUGAUAACUUUUCAUGUUAUAUGCAUUUUGUAUAUUUUCGCACUUUGAAAUUUCCUAUAAAUAAAUAAACAUCCGCACCUAAGUAUGAGUGUAUUUACUCUCUUAAAUUCAACUUUUUCUCUUUCAUAAAAAAUUAUAUAUCUUCUCUGAACUCGUUUCCGAUGAUCUUAUUUACUUAACGCUUAUGGUGAACCUGAUCAAGUCAAAAGCGCCAGUACAUACAUAUGGCAGCUUGUUACAAACGGUCGAAGUGAACGCGAUCGCAGCCGGCGACAGAGCAUGCAGGCUCCUUUCUCUGCGCGCACGACAUGCUAAUUCAUGAACAACUGUAAUUGUCUCUUCUCCCCGAUGACGGAAGAUGGAAAGCAAGAUUGAAUCUCCUUGAAGAGAGGUGGAGAGAUGCAAGCCAUGCUGUUCUCCAGGGCUUAUCAGUUGGUGCCGGGCAGCCGUGCAAUGCGUUGCCUCGUCUUGUAAUUUAAUUGUGCUUUCGGUAUUACGCGUGACACACAUCGAACCCUUCACGGAAUAUAUAUGCCGGUCCAUUGACUUCCGCUGACCAAGCAGCAACUAUCGGAAGCCGUAGCGCUCUCACAUCCAGCCAAAGACUUCAGGAUCAACUUGGAUCUGCGGAUGUACUUCUCAAUAUGGAUAUUCGUGCUUGUGCAAUUCACACGUACGAAAUAUACAUCUGGCAAGGAGACAAUCUUGAAUUCUGCUCGUGGACCAUGCGAGGGAUACAAACAGGGCGAGGACGAUCUUCAAACAUUCGACUUCAUCAGCAAGUUGAAACUAGAUCCUUUGGAGACACAUUACACUGGCGUGACGCGAGUCAGAGGUAGCAAUCGUAUGCAAAUCGCCUACAGAUUGGAGAAAGAUACAGACAUCACUCAACCAACAAAAGUUAUACUCCCAAACGGAUUGCCAGAGGAAUUCAGCACGGCUUGCACAUUUAGGGCCAGAAAACUGCCAAAGUAUACUUGGCACAUUAUCAGAAUCGUCGACAUGGAAAACGAGCCCCAGUUUUUAAUCGCAAUGAACCCAAAAAUUCAGACUUUGGAUUUAUCUGUGAAGAACCAGACAGGGGAACUGGAAACGGUGUCGUUCCCGGCCGAUCGUAUCUUCGACAAAUAUUGGCACAAAAUUAAUGUUGGAGUCUUCAAGGAUAGGCUGGUGGUGUAUAUAGAUUGCGAAUACAUUGACACACAAGACUUGGAUCCACGAGGAACAAUCAAAGUGGAUGGCGAGAUAUCGAUAUCGAAAAUAUCACACAGCAAAGAUGUUACUGUACCGAUCGAUAUUCAGUGGAUGGUUUUAAAUUGCGAUCCUACGAGGCCAGAGAGAGAGACCUGUGAGGAACUGCCGAAGAGCCUUAGCAGCCCUUUAUUACCUCAGAGAAGACCUGGCUGCGAAAUUAUCUGUCCACAGGGACCACCGGGAAUUAAUGGCACUAAUGGUUUACCCGGUUUAACCGGAUUACCCGGACCACCUGGACCUAUCGGAGAACCCGGCUUACCUGGACAGCCAGGUUUACGCGGGUCACCUGGAGAGCAAGGCAAAGUAGGACCACAAGGAUUCACUGGUGCACGUGGAUUUCCCGGAAUUCCAGGUCCUAAAGGAUCUAUUGGGCCAAUUGGACUACCUGGAGCAAAAGGAGAAAAUGGCGAAAGAGGAGACAUGGGAUUUCCAGGGUUGAAAGGGGAUCAAGGCCUCCCGGGACCACAAGGUUAUCCAGGUCCUCCAGGUCCACCAGGAAAGAUCAGUGACUAUCGUGACGUUAUACCAAAAUUUGUAGGCCCACCAGGGCCUCCGGGAUAUCCAGGUCAAAAGGGUUCGAAGGGUGAACAAGGAGAACGCGGCGACGAAGGGAAACAAGGUCAAAAAGGUGAGACAGGAGAACGAGGUUCUCCAGGGCAAGACGGGUCUCCUGGUUCGGAAGGAAAGUCAGGACUUCCUGGCUCUCCUGGACCUAAAGGAGAAAUAGGAUUUCCGGGAAUACCAGGUCCUCAGGGAUUGCGAGGUCUUCGUGGUGAAGCUGGUGCAUCAGGAUCACCUGGAAUUCAGGGUCAAAAAGGAGAAGCUGGAGAACCAGGCCGUGAUGGUUUGCCAGGUUCGAUGGUCGGUUCCAUUCUACCAGGACCACCUGGUCCUGAAGGUCCCCCUGGUUCACCAGGAGAAGAUGGUUUACCAGGAGUGAAAGGAGAAUCUGGUCCUGCUGGUCCACCGGGUCUCCCAGGUUUGCAAGGAAAGGAUGGCGCUCCUGGUUCUCUAGGACCUCCAGGAUCACAGGGUUCACCCGGUUUACCUGGAGAACCAGGUGUCCCAGGUCCUCGAGGAAUCGAAGGUGCUAUUGGUAAACCAGGACUACCAGGACUCGAUGGACGAUCUGCAGAAAAAGGCGACAGAGGUCAUCAAGGAGAACAAGGUCCUGUUGGACCACGCGGUUUACCUGGGAGUGUCGGUGCACCGGGUUUACCUGGAGUCGCUGGUAUUCCAGGAUUAGAAGGGCGGCCAGGUCCGCCAGGUGCCCCAGGUCCUCCAGGACCAGCAGGACCACCAGGAACAAUUUCAGAUAUGUUAAGUACAAAUAAUGUAUUGGAAACUAUCGGCAGUCCAGGAGUUAGUGGACCAAGAGGUGCGUCAGGUGCUCCAGGAUUACCAGGUGAGAGAGGACCUCCUGGAGAACGAGGUCCAGAGGGUCAAAUGGGACUACCAGGAAUGCCAGGAAAAGAUGGGGCUCCAGGACUUCAAGGACCGCCAGGGAUUAGAGGGCAGACAGGAAUGCCAGGAGUUCAGGGACCGCCAGGCCGAAGUAUCAUUGAGUCAGAAAUUCGAGAAAUAUGUACCAGUGUGUUACGAGAACAGAUGACUGAGAUGGCAGCACAGAUGCAAGGUCCACCUGGUCCACCUGGUCGAGGCCGUCCAGGUCGUCCUGGAUCACCUGGUCCACAAGGUCGCCCAGAGAGGCUGAAAACACUAACAGAAGGUCUACGAGGGCCACCCGGGUUGCCGGGGCUGGCCCGACAGGGUCGUCCCGGUCGAAUUGGAACCCAGGGCAUCCCAGGUGAUCCAGGUCUCCCAGGUUUACCCGGAGAGCGUGGAUUUGUCGGAUUACCAGGACCACAAGGCGCCAUAGGUCCUCAAGGUUCACCUGGUGAACGGGGUGAGAAGGGCGAUAAAGGUCAGGAAGGCGUUGGCGUAGAAGGUCCAAUGGGUCCGCGAGGACCGCCUGGACCACCUGGCAAUGAUGGCGUUGGAUUGCCUGGAAGGCAAGGAGAACGGGGGGAGCCAGGCAGGCCAGGCAUUCCUGGGAUGAGGGGGCCACCUGGACUUCACGGAUUACCCGGAUUUUGCGAGUUCUGUAAUUAUCCAAGCGCCAGUUACUUACAGUAUUCUCGCAGCGAUGAGAAAGGGCCCUAAAAUCAUAAGUAUUUCUAGGAAUUAAAAAAAAUAUUUAGAUAUAAGAAGAGCAGUUAACAUCGCAAAUACGAUUAACCUUUUGCUUAAUAAACAAUUAAAGCAUCUUUCAAAUCACUGCCAUAUGAAAACAAUACUUUUUGUCGAUCAUGCGUGUUUAAUAAAAUAAGUAUUCGUCAGUGAAGAAUG